AUGGGCCCCAACUCGAAGCAGCUCGUCGACUUCCUGUCGCGCUCGCUCAGCGCAUUCCAGGCGUCGCGGGACCCGCUGCGCGUCCUCUGCACGCUGCCGCACCACGGAUCGCCGGGCCCGCGACGGCCUCUGCAGCGGGUGCGGCGGUUGGUGGUGCUGGACUCGAGCUUCAACCCGCCGACGCGGGCGCACGCGCGGAUGGCGAGGGCGGCGGUGCGCGAGGGCGGGCCGGGGGCGCGGCUGAUGCUGCUGCUGGCGGUGAACAACGCGGACAAGGCGCCCAGGCCGGCGAGUUUUCCCGUGAGGCUGGGCAUGAUGGAGGCGUUGGCGAGGGGAUUGCUGCUGGGGGGUGUCGGGGUCGAGAUUGACGUGGCGGUGACGACGAUGGCUUUUUUCCACGACAAGGCUCGCGCGGUGGCGGAGUCGGGCUUCUACCACGACCAGUGCCAGGCCAUGACGGAUGGUGGGGAGAAGCGGGAGGCCGAGCCCGAGCAGGUGUUUCUCGUUGGCUUCGACACUCUGGUGCGCAUCUUCAACCCCAAGUACUACAACGACCAAGGGCCGGCAUCGUCGACGACGACGGCGAUGCAGUCGGCGCUGGGGCCCCUGUUCGAGCGUGCGCGGCUGCGGGUGACGACGAGGCCGGACGACGCGUGGGGGUCGCGCGAGGAGCAGCUCGCGUACGUGCGAGGCCUGGAGCGGCUGGGCGAGGUCGGGGGACGAGGGGAAUGGGCGGCGAGGGUGGACGUUGCGGAGGAGGAGGGGGGAACGGCGGGGUCUCUCGUCUUCUCGUCCCUCCUCGUCCUGUUCCCCUUCUGGGAGCUGCCCGGCGCGCCCCACCGCCUGUUCCUUGCCGUCGUUGGCUCCAGCAAUUGA